AUGGCCCUGCGGGUCCCAGCCAGCACCAGCCCCACUGCCCUGCUAGCCCUCGCUGCCAUGUUGAGGGUGCCCGCCUGGGCCUGUCUCCUCUGCUUCACAACCUCUUCCGAGCGCCUCCGCAUCUGCCGGAUGUUUGCCGGCGUGGAGGGCCCCAAGCUCGAGGAGUGUGAGGAGGCCUUCACGGCGGCCUUUGGGGGCCUGUCAGACACCGAGAUCAACUACGAGGAGAGAAGCCACUUGCAUGACGCCUUCACGCAGAUGACACACUCGCUCCAGGAGCUCGCAGCUGCCCAGGGGUCCUUCAAGGUUGCCUUCCCCGAUGCUGCAGAGAAAAUGAAGAAGGUCAUUAUGCAGCUUAAAGAAGUCCAGGCCUGCAUCCCUCCCUGCGGUCUCCAGGAGGUCGCCCGGCGAUUCCGCUGCGGCGGGUGCUACUCCAAGGUCUGCGACCUCCCGCUGGACUGCCCAGUUCAAGACGUGACAGUGACUCGAGGUGACCAGGCGAUGUUUUCUUGUGUCGUGAAAUUCCAGCUGCCAAAGGAGGAGAUCACCUACUCCUGGAAGUUCGCUGGAGGAGGUCUCCGGACUCAGGACCAGUCCUACUUCCGAGAUUUGCCGCGGGCCGAAGGGCACCUGGCGCGGAUCCGGCCGGCGCAGCCCACGCACCGCGGGACUUUCUCCUGCGUGAUCGAGCACGACCAGCGUCCCCUGGCGCGGCUCUACUUUUUCCUUAACGUGACGGGCCCGCCCCCGCGCGGGGAGACAGAGCUCCAAGUCACGUUCCGGGAAGUGCUGCGCUGGGGGCCGCGGGACGCGGAGUUGGUCGAACCCUGGAGGCCGAGCCUGGGCGAGUUGCUGGCCAGGCCCGACGCUUUGACGCCGAGCAACCUGUUCCUGCUUGCGGCCGUUGCAGCCCUGGCAUCAGCAAGUGCGACCCUAAUGGCGUGGAUGUUCUUUCGAUGGUAUGUCAGUGCCAACUAACAAAGGUAUCUCUUCCUUCCUUCCUUGUCCUAUUCCCAUUCCUAAAAUAAAAAAUGUGUUUCAACUCU